GCACGGACACGCCCUAAAGGAUGACUGACCAUGAGUGCAGGGUCGUCACUGCGACUGUCACGAUCUACACAGGCUCCUUAUCCAAGAGGACUGCCAGAGACCUUCCUUUCGCCGACAAUCAUUAUCCUGAUGGACGAUUGAUCGAUGCCUGGUCGCAACCGAGAGCCAAUCCAGCUCCUCCUGACUGGCAGACACCUGUGGAGCACGAUGGCUCGUCGACUGAGCAAGACAUCGUCAGGCGAGUAUUGCCUGCAGCAAUGACGACAAGCACUACGCGUUUUGUAACGAAGACCGCCUCUGUGACCACCAAUGAGAUCCAUUUGACGACUCAUUCUAUAACAGUUUCGUCCAACGCAGACACCUUCAACACGAUCACAAAGACAGUCACAGCCGACAAGGCGGUGUGCCCUACCGCUGCAACAUCAACAGCAACAGUGACACGGGACAUCAAAUGUGCUGCCACGAGCCUGAUCUCAUCUGUCGGUCGUUUUGGCAUUGGACAGAUCCAGUCGCAAGCCGAAGAAGUCCGUCUAGUCGGCGAGCAGGACCCAAGUACUUGUUGUCAAAGCUGCUUGGACACCGAAGGUUGCGCAGCCAUGGCUCAUGAUAGCGAUGCAGCCAAUUGCUUUCUGUAUUUCACAUGGCCGACAUGCGGCCUGGCUUUCAGGUAUUCGCCGUGGGGAGGGCAGGUUGCGCCUGGAGCGGGCAUGGUCGUCCAGGCGGGCUGCGGCGAUAUUGGGCCUGUAUAGCAGACCAACCAUUGUUCGAUGUGUACAAGAUUUCAAUGAGCUGGGCGAUAUUUCAGGUCUCGAUGUUUUCGCGGCUCCUUCGUGGGCAAUGCACUGUGAACG